AUGGGCCUCGACGCAAGUAUAAAGAGGACGGCAACCAAGCUUGACGACGUUCUUGAAAGAACACUCCAGGCGCACGAGAAGAGCUUGGAAAAUAGCGGCGAGGCUGGUGGUGACCUGCUUGACGAUUUGCUUUCGGCAGUGAAGGAGGGUGGCGACGGGUUUAUGCUGGACAGGAUCGAUGUCAAGGGACUCGUCCUGGACUUGUUUGUAGCAGGAAUCGAUACAACUUCCAAGGCGAUAGAGUGGGCAAUGGCAUUUCUUAUCAAGAACCCAAGAGAGAUGGAAAAAGUUCAAGAGGAGGUGAGGCAAGUUGCAGGGGCACAAGGAGUCCUAGAGGAGCAGCUGGGGAGGAUGAGCAGACUGCAGGCGGCCCUGAAAGAAGCCAUGCGGUUACAUCCACCGGUGCCGCUGCUCAUCCCCCGUGAAUCGAUCCAGGACACCAAACUCCACGGCUACGACAUCCCUGCCAAGACUCGGGUCAUCAUCAAUGCAUGGGCGAUUGGGAGGGACAGCCAGUCUUGGGAGAACGCUGAGGAGUUCCUGCCAGAGAGGUUUAUGAACGAUGCCGGUGACUACAGUUGCAAGGGCUAUCGGUUCAUACCAUUUGGCGCUGGGAGGAGGGGAUGCCCAGGCACUGCGUUUGCAACGUGCCUCGCUGAGCUUGCACUUGCCAAUUUGCUAUUUCAUUUUGAUUGGGAGCUUCCGGAGGGCCAUGACGUUGACUCAUUUGAAGUUGUCGAGUCUAGUGGCCUGUCGCCUGCUCUUAAGUCUGCCUUGACCCUUGUCGUGAAACCCCUGCAAGCAUGA